AGCUAUAUCUAUCCUCAAAGGAUCACUUCUUCCAUGCUUCCCCUCCCUCUCCCUCUCUCGUUGUCUUCUCUCUAAGCUUUCAGCUUUCUCUAAUGGCGUCUACGAGCGCUUUGACCGGCAACUUACUCAUACGUACGGACCGGAUUGCCUCGGCCUUCCCCUCCACUCCCUUGUGUCAUAAACUUAGCGCAAAUGGUGUUCCAACUUUAUCAUGGCCCCUUAACAAAAGAACACACACAUUAAAGACUCUUCGCGUGUAUGGUUUAUUUGGAGGAAAGAAGGAGAAAAGUGAGAAUAGUGAUGAUGCUCCAUCAAAGCCUGGGAUGUUUGGCAACAUGCAAAAUCUGUACGAGAAUAUUAAGAAGGCUCAGAUGGUGGUCCAAGUUGAGGCUGUACGUAUACAACAGGAGCUUGCAGCAGCAGAGUUUGAUGGUUAUUGUGAAGGUGAGUUGAUCAAGGUAACACUUUCUGGAAACCAGCAACCUGUACGCACUGAAAUAACAGAGGCUGCCAUGGAGUUGGGGCCUGAAAAGCUCUCUUUGUUGGUAACUGAAGCAUACAAGGAUGCACACCAAAAAAGUGUCCAGGCCAUGAAAGAGAGAAUGAGCAAUCUCGCCCAAAGCCUAGGAAUGCCACCAGGCGUCGGUGAAGGGCUCAACUGAUGAGAGGCAAUGCUAUUUUCACCAAGAACUCUAAUGCUCGUCAAUUUUGUAUGCUAGCUAAGAUUAAGUGUUCUGAUGAAUCACGGCCAUGCAUCUAAAUACGUCUUUUAAUCUCACGCUGGCGACAUCAAUAUUUGUGCUCAUCAUCAUGAUUAUUGUAUCAAAGAGAAUAACUCACAGAACCCUGUAUUUUUUUCAAAUGAUUUAUCAUAAUUACUUGUGUUUUUUCUUUCUUUUUGCA